UUGGCGAGGACGGCAAUCACGAUAGGCAGUCUUUCCUUCACGUUGCAUGCCAAAGAUGGCCUCGUUCCAACAGGAAUAGGAAAGGUCUCUUCUGGAGCGGAAAAGAUCUUAUCCAUCACGGGCCCAAGACACACUUCAGUGCACAUGGCUCCGUCCCAGGUAAUCUUGCAUCCCGUCCCCGGACGUUCAGGGGAUGAGGGGCAGUACCCUCUACACACAAAAACAUCCGUCGCAAUCUGCCUUUGCAUGUUCACGGCCUACUGCGCGCAAUCCAGACACCCAACUCAGCCUACUCAUAACAUCUGCGCACGAUGAAAAUCACCCAAUACUUUCCCUCAUUGCAGAGUGAUAUAACAGGCGAGUACGACGAGGACAAUGGUCUCGCCUACUUUCGAGGCAUACCAUAUGCGUCAGUCAACAAGCGAUGGACUCACAGCAAUCUACUUCAGACUUUAGAAAAUCCCUUUGAUGCAACCCAAUUUGGUCCACGAUGCGUGCAGGAGGAAGGAGAAGUUCUCGUCAGUGGAGGGACGAACGAUCCUACCCCAGGCGAUGAUGAGUUCGACUGUCUAAACUUGAACAUCACCGUCCCAAGAGAAUGUCUUCAGCAAUUCGAGAAUGGGCACACCAAAAUCAAGGUCCCCGUCAUGUUUUGGAUCCAUGGUGGUGGCUUCAAAUACGGGGCAAAUUCAGUAGCUAGAUAUCGUCCUCACAGACUGUGUUCCAUCGCGCGACAAGCCGGGCAUCCGGUUAUCUUGGUGCAGAUUGGAUAUCGUCUCGGUGCUCUUGGCUUUGCAGCUUCAGAAGAUCUUGUUGCGGAGCAGACACAGCACGGCGAGGAAGCCAAGAGCCUACCAAUUGGCAACUACGGGUUCGUCGACCAGCGGAACGCUCUGAAAUGGGUACAGAACCAUAUCCGGGACUUUGGAGGCGACCCGGACAAUGUGACGGCGUUCGGAAUUAGUGCUGGGAGUGCAAGUGUUCAUUAUCACAUCUUGACAGGAGAUCCAAUGUUUGAUCGCGCAAUUUGCAUGUCCGGAUCAGCUCCCACACUUGGUCCUUUACCGUUUGAGCGGUAUCGGAAAGCCUGGCUCGACCUCUGUCUGAAGAAGGGUCUGGAAGGAGAAACAGCCGAGGCACGAUUAUCGAAGCUGCGUGCCAUGAGUCCCCUGGAUAUUCUCGCGAAUUAUUCAGCCGCAGCAAUGGGACCCAUGGGCGACGGCGUCCUCUUGCCCAAAACAUGGACAUUCGAGCAGUCGAACCCGACAAGAUGUCGAUCACUGAUCAUUGGAGACACCAAUGUUGAGGGCUUGAUCCUGGACGGCCUUGCCAGGAGGUUAAAACCAUCCCAGGUCCUCCGGCUCGCUCGAACUGUGAUGUCAGAAGUCGAAGUCAAAGAAUUCCAGGAAGUUUUUGCUCUUUCAGCAGACGAUGAGCAGCCAUGGGAGGUGUACCGGGAUACCAUGCGGCGAUUUUUCUCCAUUAUGAUGUUCCAAUUCCCUAACUUGCGGAUAGCUGAGACGUUCAGAGCCACAGGAGGUGAAGAAGCAUAUCUAUAUCACUUUGGGGAGGCAUCGCCGUAUCCUGGUCCGACCUUUGGCCUGUCAUAUCACGGUCAGUGUGCGCUGUACAUGUAUUGUGUCGAGAUGGAUGCUCUCCCCAUUGAGUCACAGCAGUUGGCAGAGAACAUGGCCAGAACGUGGACCGCUUUUGCUCAUGGAGCUCGCCCAUGGGAACCGUACACCGAUAAAGAGCAGUUUAUGCGGUUUGGACCUCAGGGGAAGUGUGCUCUGGCAGAUCUGCACAGCGACGACACAAGAGACUAUGGCCAUGUGGACUGGUUGAGGGAGCACUUUGAGCCGGCGAAGCAACUUGCCCAACUGUUACUUAGCUGACAAGAUCAAGUUGUUCUGUAGUGCUGAAAUGAUAAAUGACGUGUGAUAGCGCAAGUAAAGUCUAUGUGGUAGAGAUGUCAGGGUUGGAGGUACAGUCGGAUGUCGGAUAAAGUCAUGUCCAAGCCUACCUGGUAGGUUCUUCGUCUCCGGGCCUCCCCAC